AAGGAGUAUAUGAAUCGAGUUGCUCAACAGCGUGCACUGGUCUCUCUAAAGCCGCAGUACUGCCUCGAUGACUUCGACUUGGGGGAUAUUGUGGGGACUGGUCAUUUUGGUCGAGUUCGGGUCGUGAAAAUAAAGGGUGCCGAAGAUCGAACGCCUUUCGCGUUGAAGAUUCUUUACAAGUCGGAAGUUAUACGCUUAAAACAAGUUGGACAUGUGCGGGCGGAAAGGGAAAUUCUGCAGAGACUCAGUCAUCCGUUUAUUGUCAAUCUCUUCACCACAUUUCGUGAUGAAAUAAGAUUGUUUAUGCUGAUGGGGUACGUGAAUGGUGGCGAACUGUUCUCGCUAAUUCGGAAAGGCGAACGUUUACUCAAUGAGGAUGCUAGAUUCUAUGCAGCUGAGAUAGUGCUGGCCUUCGAAUACUUGCACAGUUUGGACAUAGUAUACCGCGAUUUGAAACCUGAGAAUCUUCUUAUAGACUUUGAAGGACAUAUCAAAAUUGCCGAUUUUGGUUUCGCGAAAGUGGUUACUGAUCGAACAUGGACUCUGUGCGGUACACCGGAGUAUAUGGCACCGGAGACCAUCCAGUAUCAAGGGCAUGGUAAAGCUGUGGAUUGGUGGGCAUUGGGAGUUCUUAUUUUUGAGAUGAUCGCCGGGUAUGUGCCUUUUAAUGAUAACAAUCCACUUGGAAUAUACCGAAAGGUUUUAAUAGGUCGAGUAGAGUUCCCCAGGCAUUUCGAUAGCAAAGCUAAAGACUUGGUGAAACACCUGCUAGUCCGGGAUAGACUCAAGAGAUACGGUUGCCUGAGGGACGGGGUUGAGGACAUCAAAAACCAUAAAUGGUAA